UUGUUGUCAUUGUGCGUAAAAUCUUAACAUGAUAUUCACAUAAAUAAUCGACGGUGUAGAGCCUAUCUAACGAACCGCUCAACAAAAAUGUAUAUAGUAAAUGUAUAUGCCGUGUUUAUCAAAUAAAGUAGGGCACUCGCGUUUUACUUUUUCAAAAAGUAGAACAAUAAAUACGGAAUGCCUCUUGGUGCCGUACCAUUUCCGUUUGGAAUAUGUCGGAUAUGCAAGGAUAAAGCUACAGGACUGCAUUACGGAGUAGCAACAUGCGAAGGGUGCAAGGGAUUCUUUAAGAGAAGCAUCUCCAAGCAUGAGACUUUCAAAUGUUACUUUGGUGGGUCAUGUGACAUAAACCCCAAAACACGCAGCCAGUGUAAAGCAUGUCGUUUCAAGAGAUGCAUGGACACAGGAAUGUCUAUAGAUGGUGUGCGAAUGGGACGGAUUCCUAAAGUCGAGAAAGAUAAAGUUUUAGAAGCUUUUCAUGAUGGUGGGUCACACUAUAGUAACCACGAGCUUGUUGUUCAGCAGACGGAUGGUGGCAACUAUAGGUUUGACCUCAAUAAAACAGUAAGAGCUAGCAAAACAACAAAUACGCCAUUAAAUAAAUCACCCUCGUGUUCUUCGACACAAGUAACAUCAGUUUCUACAGGGAACGACGUAGUUUAUGGCCCAAAAUCUUGCGGUGAUGCCAUUGUAAAUGAAACUAACGUAACCCCUGCAUCUCUUAUUGACAAGACUGACGACAUUGGUAACAAUAUAGAAGGAUUAAAAGAACAACCUGUUGAAAAUGUAUCUUCUCAAAAUAUAAACAAAGACACCGUAUUUGAUAAUAUUAAAAGCAUACCCCUAGAAGACUCACCAGCUAUGUUUAAGACGGAAGGGGAUAACACAUUCGGUCAAUAUUUCCCUGGGAACCAAACGACAAUUAGUACCUCAAUUGAUAACGUGCCGAGUGAAAGAUGUGAAAAUCCUUUCAAUGAUAAAUACCACAAUGUUAGUUUCGGCAAAAACAAUCUACAUCAACAUAGAAAAUCGAAUGUUUCUCAGCAGAUGUUAAAUGAUCAGAGAUUUGUACAAAAUAUGAAUGAAUCAUUCAAUAACUUUUCAUUCUCAGAAAGUGCAAUGAAUCCUUUCAAAGGUAAGGCGACUGGAUAUAGCAAAGUAUAUAGUAAUGUUGAUAACCCAAUUCAUGAAUCAGAUGGUUUGAACUUAAUUGGUCAAAGGCAAGGGAAUGACAUUAGACCCUUUCAGAAUGACAUAACCAAUCAAAUGGAAGAAAAUAUAGAAGGAGUAUCCAACAUACGUGAAGGAAACUUUAGAGCAGACACAUCUUCAGUUGUACAAAAUCUCAGUCAUUCGUUAUUAAGUAGCCCAAAACUAAAAGAAGAAUCCGAAGAAGAGUGUUUAAGAAGAAGGAAAAGUUUUAGCCCAACCUUGAUUAAUGUUUUACUGGAACAAGUUCUUGAUUCUCAAGAAUCCAUUCAUGUUAUCACUGAAAGAAUUCACCAAAAGCAUCAGCAAGGAAAUUUAAGUCAACUCGUUGCCCAAAAUCUUUCUCAACGCCUCUCAGAAUUGUCAGCAUCAAACAAGCGACGUAAAUUGUCGGACGAAUCUAUGAACAGCCCUUGUCCAGAAAACAGGAGCAGAAAACAUGAAUGUUUGGAUCAUGUUAAAAGGAAUACUUUAAACGACUUACACCCGCCGCCCGUUUUAUCUUUAGGAUAUCAGAACUAUUUUGAAAACGCUGCAAACAAUAAGGAGUCAAAUCAACAAAACGAGUGUAUUUAUCGUAAUCAUCAAGCUGACCAUUCACACGUCCACUGUCAUCACGUUCAUUCCGAUUCUUGUGGGAUGUGUAACUUCAAUGUGGCAACUAAUGUUCCGAAGAAUGGGUAUGUAACUGAAGCUCCUGUAAGUACCGGAACUGUAUCUAGUUCAUCAUUAUCUAUGGAAGAGGAAAACAAACAACAGCAGGUUAGAAAUACGUUGGACGGUAUAAACAUAGCUAUGAGAAUUCUGAACAGACUGAAAGCGGAACACAGGGAGAAAAUUCGCCAGUUUAAACUUGGAAAGAUUUACAUUCGAGUGAUGACAGACAGUGAAGAGGACAUCAAAGAAACGUACUCGAAGCUUAUCAGCGGAAUUCCAAGCAUUAAUGAGCGAAUACUCGGGUUCUGUAACAAUGUCCCUGGUAUUCACGACAUCUCAAAGGAGGACCGAGAUGUUCUGAUGAAAAGGGCUUAUUAUGACAUAUGGAUGCUAUGUUCCGCCGAGUAUUUUGAAGAUGACGUGAGCUACCUUAUAAUGGAGUCGGGAGAAAUUUAUUCAAGAAGAGCCAUGAGAAAGAUUCUAAAUGACAACAUGGUGAACAAACUAUUUGAGUUUGCAAACCAAUUUAACAGUCUGAAGCUGACAGAUUUGGAAAUAGCCAUUUUAUGUGCCACCCGUUUAACAGCGACAGAUGAGCUCGAACUUUCUGACCGUGCCACGGUCGCCGCUCUACACUCACACCUUUUGGAUGUGCUAGCAGAGGAAGUGAAACAGAACAAUGAAGUUGCCCACUCUCGAAAGUUAAUUGACAUAUUCAGUUUGCUGCCGCUCCUUGAAACAGUUAACAGAAUACAACGAGAAAUUAUCGCAAAGUUCUCUGUCUAGG